GCAUGUCCCCCGAGUGCGCGCAGGCGGCGGGCGCCGGGUCCCCGCGCAGCCCGGAGCGGGCCAACCGCACCCGCUUCCCCUUCUUCUCCGACGCCAAGGGCGACCACCGGCUGGCGCUGACCGCCGUGGAGACGGGCGCGCUGGCGCUCAUCUUCGCGGUGUCGCUGUUGGGCAACGUGUGCGCCUUGGUGCUGGUGGCGCGCCGACGGCGCCGCGGCACCACCGCCUGCCUGGUGCUCAACCUCUUCUGCGCCGACCUGCUCUUCGCCAGCGCCAUCCCGCCCGUGCUGGCCGUGCGAUGGACCGAGGCCUGGCUGCUGGGCCCGGCCGCCUGCCACCUGCUCUUCUACGUGAUGAGCCUGAGCGGCAGCGUCACCAUCCUCACCCUGGCGGCCGUCAGCCUGGAGCGCGUGGUGUGCAUCGUCCGCCUGCAGCGGGGCACGCGGGGCCUGGGGCGGCGGGCGAGGGCCGCGCUGCUGGCGCUCAUCUGGGGCUACUCGGCGCUCGCCGCGCUGCCGCUCUGCGUCUUCUUCCACGUCGUCCCCCAGCGGCUCCCCGGCCGCGACCAGGAAAUUCUGAUUUGCACACUGGCUUGGCCCAGUGUUGCCGGAGAAAUCUCCUGGGACGUGUCGUUUGUUACUUUGAACUUCUUGGUACCAGGAUUGCUCAUUGUGAUCAGCUACUCCAAAAUUUUACAGAUCACAAAGGCGUCAAGGAAAAGGCUCACGGUGAACCUAGCUUACUCAGAGAGCCACCAUAUCCGCGUGUCCCAGCAGGACUUCCGGCUCUUCCGCACGCUUUUCCUGCUCAUGAUCUCCUUCUUCAUUAUGUGGAGCCCCAUCAUCAUCACCAUCCUCCUCAUCUUGAUCCAGAACUUCAAGCAAGACUUGGUCAUCUGGCCAUCCCUCUUCUUCUGGGUGGUGGCAUUCACGUUUGCCAACUCGGCCCUGAACCCCAUUCUCUAUAACAUGUCACUGUUUAGGAAUGAAUGGAGGAAAAUUUUUCACUGCUUCUUCUACCCAGAAAAGGGAGCCAUGUUUACAGAUACAUCUGUCAGAAGAAAUGAUCUGUCAAUUAUUUACAGCUAAUUAAGUUUUCUCUAUAGGCAGAGUUUAUCACCCUCUGGAAAGCCAUGAUAUGUUCUCAAAGGGAGUUAAUUUCCAGGUGCAUGACAUCAGUGUAGCCUGCUUUAAGAAAAUAUAACCUAUGCAAAUACAUAUUUAUAGCACCAGUAAAUUAAAGGGUGAUCAUUAGGUUUAACAAUUUUACCCUUUAUAAAAAUUUGCUAUGGGCUCCUUUUAAAUAUGAACUUUUUCAGUAUGUUUGCAAUAUGAUUGAGUUUAAUAAAUUUUUAUUUAUAACUGUUCAGCAAUCACAUCACUUACAUGUAAAGCCACACUGUGCUGGUUUCUGGAAUGAGUUUUGGAAAUGAUCGAGGACACAGGUUUCUCCCUGAAGGAUCACAGCCACUAUAGGCCUCC